AUGUAUGACUUCGGCUACCUGCUGCGUGCCCUCACGGCCCAGCAGCUGCCAGACAACGAGGCCGACUUCUUCCGCCUCAUCCGCCUGUUCUUCCCCUGGAUCUAUGACAUCAAGUAUAUCAUGCGGAGCGUUCGCACGGCGACUCCCAUCCGUGGUGGCCUCCAGGACCUGGCCACUUACCUGCAGCUGUCGCUGGUCGGUCAGCAGCACCAGGCCGGCUCCGACAGCCUGACCACCUCACUGGCCUUCUUCGCCAUCCGCAGCCGCUUCUUUGAGGAUUCCCUGGAGGCCGAGAAGUUCUCCGGCCACAUCUACGGCCUUAAUCUUCAUGGCUCCAUUGCCGCGGUCAACUCCCUCUUUGCCGGCACCAGUGGCUCGUCGAUUCAUUGA